AUGAGGCCGCGUGGCUGCAUGGCCGGCAGGGUGAGGUGGUGGAUUGGUAUUGAGCAAAUGUUAAUUUAUGCAGGUUCGGAAAACGUUGCGCAUGGGGAGACUUACACGUUCAAUCAGUGUCCCUGCAUUUGUGUCGUCUCGUCGAACGGCCGGGACGCCAAUGCACGAGCACACGGACCAAGAGUUCCUUGCGUCAUCGACGACCGGUGUUUGUUGUGGACCUCGUCCGGUCGUGUUCAUGCCCGCCGACGUCCAACAUUCACAGGAAGGGCAUUCAGUAGCAGCAGCACAAAUGAAGAAGCGAAGGGGGUUGUUGCUUGGUGA